AUGUCGUCCCUCCAAGAAGGCAAGGUCAAGAGCGUUCUCUCUGGAGACACUCUGAUCCUACAGAACAAGAACAGACAAGAGCGAACUCUGAGCUUGGCUUUCAUCAAUGCUCCCCGACUGCAGUCCGACGAGCCCAGCAGCUUCGAAUCGCGCGAAUUCCUUCGAAAGCUCGUGGUAGGCAAGCCAGUACGAUUCUCCGUCCUCUACUCGAUCCCCCAAAAGACAGGCGGAGCAUCACGCGAAUAUGCUGUUGUUCUCCUGCAAGACGGCACCCAGCUACCUGAGCGUAUUGUACAAGAAGGCUGGUCCAAGCUGCGAGACGACGCCGAUCGAAAAGCAGAAUCGCCUGCUGCCGCCGAACUACUCGAAAAGCUUACCGCCCUCGAAGCACACGCAAGAGCAGACUCGAAGGGUGUAUGGGCAGGAAAGCCUACAGUCGUACAAGGCAUACGCGAGCUGCCAGAUGCGAAGGCGUUCGCAGAAGAGCACAAGGGCGAGCCGAUUGAUACCAUAGUCGAGCGAGUUCUCAGUGGAGAUCGCCUCAUUUGCAGACUCAUGCUAUCACCGACGAAGCAUGUGCAAACAACGGUCCUUGUUGCUGGCCUGCGAGCACCGACGACAGCGAGAACGAACCCAUCAGAUGGCACAACGCAAGCCGCAGAGCCUUGCGGAAACGAGGCCCAGGCGUUUGUAGAGGACAGACUACUCCAGCGAAACGUACAGGUGAGGCUGCUAGGUGUCUCGCCAAGCAACGUUCUGGUAGGUGAAGUCAAGCACCCCGUAGGCAACAUCGGCGAGUUCCUUCUCAAGGAAGGUCUUGCACGCUGCGUAGACCAUCAUUCGACAUGGCUGGGAGCCGAGAUGGGCAAGCUACGCCAAGCAGAGCGUACAGCCAAAGAGCAGCAGAAGGGUCUAUUCAAGGGACAAUCCACGCAGCGAACAGGAGGCAACGAGCAAGAGGCAAUCGUCAGCAGGGUCUUCUCAGCGGAUACGCUUUACAUCCGCAACAAAGCUGGUCAAGAAAAGCGCAUCAACCUCAGCAGUGUCCGACAGCCGAAGCCCACUGACCCGAAGCAAUCUCCAUUCAGCGCCGAAGCCAAGGAAUUCCUACGAAAGCGUCUUAUCGGUAAGCACGUAAAGGUCAAGAUCGAUGGUAAGCGUCCUGCAACAGAUGGAUACGACGAGCGCGAGAUGGCAACCGUCACCCAGAACAACAGCAACGUUGCCCUACUGCUCGUGGAGAACGGCUAUGCAUCUGUGAUCCGCCAUCGUAUGGAUGACACCGACCGCAGUCCCUUGUAUGAUGAGCUACUUGCUGCUGAGGAGGCUGCACAGAAGGAUCAGAAAGGCAUGUGGUCACCUAAGGCACCUUCGGCAAAGCAAUACGUCGACUACAGCGAAUCUCUCGAGAAGGCGAAGCGUCAGCUCACGCUCCUGUCGAAAUCACGAAAGGUCCCUGCCGUGGUAGACUUCGUCAAGUCAGGUAGCCGCUUCACUGUGCUGGUGCCGCGCGAGAACGCCAAGCUCACCUUCGUUUUGGGCGGCAUUCGUGCACCACGGAGUGCACGUGGCCCAAAUGACACUGGCGAGCCAUUCGGCCAAGAAGCACAUGACUUCGCAGUCAAGCGAUGCCAGCAACGUGACGUCGAGAUUGACGUGGAAGAUACCGACAAGCAAGGUGGCUUCAUUGGACAGCUAUACGUCAACAGGGAGAGCUUCGCAAAGAUCCUCGUCGAGGAGGGUCUUGCCUCAGUACACGCAUACAGUGCGGAGAAGUCAGGCAACGCAAAUGAGCUCUUCCAGGCCGAACAGAAAGCCAAGGAAGCCAGACGUGGGCUGUGGCAUGACUGGGACCCUUCGCAAGAAGCAGCAGAGAAUGGUGAGGACUACGAUGAGCCGGCCACGAAUGGCACGAAUGGCGAUGCUGCUUUGCCUCCUCGCGAGAAGAACUACAAAGAUGUGGCAGUGACCUACAUCGACCCGGAGACUGCACGCUUAAAGCUGCAAAUCAUCGGAUCUGGCAAGGCGAACCUGGACUCUUUGAUGAAGGAAUUCGCAUCUUUCCACGUCUCGCCAGGUAACGGACAGGCACUACCGCAACCACCAAAGGCGGGUGAUGUCGUCUCGGCCAAGUUUACACAAGACGGCGUGUGGUACCGUGCACGUGUGAGGCGCAACGAUCGCGAGAAGAAGACUUCCGAGAUUGUUUACAUCGACUACGGCAACUCGGAGACUCAGCCAUGGAGCGCUCUGAGACCGCUCGACCAAGGCAAAUUCGGCUUGCAGAAGGUCAAGCCACAGGCUGUCGACGCCGCACUCUCCUUCCUCGAAUUUCCAACACAAAAGGACUACCUCGAGGACGCCAUCAAUGCACUCUACGAGAUGACCGAGGGACGAGAGCUUGUCGCUAACGUGGACUACACCGAUUCGAAAGAGAACCUUAUGUACAUCACUUUGUUCGACGCGAAGUCUGGCAAUCCUCUCAACAGCAUCAACGUCGAUCUCGCCACUGAGGGCUGUGCGAGACUGUCACCUAAGCUGCGCCCAUUUGAGCGCGCCGCACCAGACGUCAUUGCGUUCUUAAAGCAGCGUCAGGAGGAGGCAUUCAAAGGCAACCGCGGCAUGUGGGAGUACGGAGAUCCUACAGAGGACUAG